AAAGAGGUGGGGUUUCAAGUGUCUCUGGAAGUAUGAAACUGUCCUUAACCAAUGAUACUUGCAGUGUCUCAAGCUUUGAAAAUUGGUGACAACAAUGUCAUAGAAUCCAAAGCCGACCUGGGCAGGAACAUGAUUCUGACCUCUGGUUGUAUCAUCGGAGCCUGUUGCCAGGUCAACACCUGUGAGGUCAUACCUGAAAACACUGUCAUCUUCGGCUCGGGGUGUCAGAGACGUGUGCAGACAGAGCGACCACAGCCCCAGACUCUGCAGCUUGACUUCCUGAUGAAGAUCCUCCCCAACUACCACCACCUGAAGAAGACUGUCAAAACCUCCUCCGCUGCCACGCCGGCUAAAAACUAACCUCCUCCGCUGCCACGCCGGCUAAAAACUAACCUCCUCCGCUGCCACGCCGGCUAAAAACUAACCUCCUCCGCUGCCACGCUGUCCAAAAACGAACCUCCAGCUCGCUGCCCCGGCCAUAAAUGUACCUCCUCUGGCAGACCGUGAAUGAAGGAAACUCUUACCACUCAAAAUGUACUGCUACUACUUGAAACAGGGCUUUAACAAGAAACGGAAGAAUGUCACUUAACUGUUCUCCUUGUCUCACCACACCAAGGUCAGUCCUGGAUUUAAAAGCUUGCUCAAUUGAGAAUCUCCAUUGAAAGAGCUUUUUAGUCCAGGGUUAGGUUUGAUCUGUGACAGGGAAACUGCCCCUAAAUGUAUGAGAACUUCGUAGCGUAAAUGCUAUAUGUUUCUUGUCUGACUGUUUACCACCAUAAUGUAAAUGCUUUAUAUCCAAUUGUAAUUAAAAAUGACUUAUUUAAAAAGUU